AUGAAAUAUCUACAGUUAUUUGCCGUACUUUGUGUCGCUUCGGCUCAUUUUCAACAUAAACUCUCUCGUAAAAACAAUUAUGCACAAUCGAGAAAUGUGUUUGAUUCAAAAGAUAUUAUUCAAACAGAUGUAUUAGUUAUUGGUGCAGGUAUAUCAGGCUUAGAAGCGGCUCGUUUAUUGAAACAGAAUGGGAUACAAACGCUUGUAAUUGAAGCACGAAAUCGUACCGGUGGUCGAAUCUGGUCAGUUCAAUCAAAAAAUGGUCACGUACUCGAUUUAGGUGCAGCUUGGCUUCAUGGUGUCAAUGGAUCUAUACCACACGGUUUUUUAUCGAAUCCUCUAUGGGAUCUUGUCGAACAAGCUAAAAUUCCUACCCGUAGUACAACACUCAGUGAUGUACAAAUCUUCAAUUUGUUCGAUCAAAAUAUAGCAGAAAGUCUCGAAACAUGGUUCAAUGAUUAUAUGGAUUAUAUUCAAGAAACGACCAAAACACCGGGAGAAAAUCAAUCUCUCCAACAAUAUGCUGACAAAUUUUCAACAAUGAGAAAUUUGACUGGCGAAAAGCGAGAUGCAUUUUUCACUUAUUUGCAUACGAUUAUCGAAGGUAAUGAGGGUAUCGAAAUCAGUAAGAUUAAUGCAAAGAAUUUUGUUGACAUUACCGGUGUGUAUUAUGGUGUAGAACCAGUAUUCCAAAAUACCGGUUUUCAUGCAGUUAUCGACUACAUAGCCAAAGAUUUUCGAGAUGGUGACAUUCGUUUCGGACAAAUCGUAAAUAAAAUAAGUUACGGGCAAGAUGUAGUUGAAGUACAAACUACAAAUGGGAAUAUCUAUCAUGCCAAAUAUGUUCUUUUAACAGUAUCAUUGGGUGUACUAAAAGGCCGACAAAUUGAAUUUAAUCCACCGUUACCACAAUGGAAAUUGAAUGCUAUUGAUCGACUUGGAUAUGGACUUCUGGAUAAAGUUGUUUUAGUAUGGGACACAGCUUGGUGGAAUUCGGCAAAUUAUUAUUUUAUGCGUGUCACAUCGAACCCAUCUCCUUGCAGGGUUUGGGCUAAUGCCAAUAAAUGGAACGACCGACCGGCUCUCUUCUGUUUCUUUAUUGGUGACGAAGCCAAUCGACUAGAAACGUUAACAAACGAGCAAGCUGUUCAAGAAGUGCAAAAUGUAUUACAGCAGAUGUUUCCAAAUCAAACUGUUCCGAUGCCUAUCGAUAGCUAUGUAACACGCUGGAAAUCAGAUCCAUUUGCCAAUGGUUCAUAUUCGUACAUAUCACGAGAUCAAACUUAUGAAGAUAUGAUAUAUAUUAGUCAACCAAUAGCUAAUAAAUUACUCUUUGCAGGUGAAGCCACAUCCAAGGAGUUUUACGGUUAUGCACAUGGUGCUUUGCUAAGUGCACGACGAGAAGUAACUCGAUUGUUGUAUGUUUAUGAUUUGUUGGUAAAUCAAACUACGCCCGCAUCUCGGUCAACAGCGAUCAGUCCAUUCGAAAUCAUUAUCAUUAUCAAUGUCAUGUUUUUGAAACUUUUACCUUAUUUAAUGAACUGA